GUUUCCGAGUCUUUAUACACGUCCGGGCAUUCAGACGUCCCUUGAUCGGGAUGCUCAAUGAGGCAUCACCCCGUGCGCUUUGCAAAGUGUUGCAAAAUUUGAUUUCCGCUACACUGGACAACAUUAUCUUGCCACUGCGCAAAGAAGUGAAACAUGUUAGUCAAUGCAGCGACAUAAUCUUGCUUGAAAUUCAGGAUGCAGAGUACAAAACGUUCGGAUUUCUUGCCCAGCAGAUUUCUGCAAUAUGUAACGCCGAAGAAGAUAUCGGCAACUCUAUCCUGCGGGAGUUUCCUAAGUCCGAAGCGUGUUUCAAGUGUCUCGGGAUUAACGAUGACACUACGCAAGGUUUGAUUCGUAUACGAGGAAUUGGUUUUUUACAACUGCUUGACAUGACGGAUGUGGAAGUCAGUACCAUACUUCAAUAUUACGGAGAUUCCAACGAAGAGAUUGAACAUGUCCUCUCCGGUUUAGCAAAAAUUCGCGCAAACAUCGACCUCAUUGAAAGUUCCCGAACCCUUGAUGAGGAUAGUAGAAAGUUAAUCAAACUUGUACUCCAGUUGACAGAAAACGAACAUAGUGCAACAGUAUAUCAGCCCUGUUGCAGCACUGAUGGCAUCACACCACCGCAUUCGCUGAGUUCAGACUACGAUAGUAACGCCAUCAACGGGGGCAUGGACGAACAUGUAUCCGACGUUUUGGCUACUACAGGCGUUGAACCUCAUUUCGAAGCUCCACCGAAGCUAGACAAUGUAUGCUUUUCUCCCAAGCCUCCCAACGUGUUCGUGUCCGAAUCAGCGCUCACUGACUCUAACAAUCACUACUUUCCAUCAGCUUUGCAGAGCUCACCAAAAACGACGUGUGGACAUAAAAACGCAUCCCAGUUGUUUAGCUCGGCUCCAAGCACUUCUAACUGUCUCAGCCAGUCCAUAUCUUCAAACGGCUAUCGGACCUUCAGUCAUGCCGGAUCCCCUGCGAGUUCCAGCUUUCCAUGGGAUUUAGAUUUGCAUUUACUCGGUGGUGGUAUUUCUGUUCCUACUACUCCUGUUUGGAAUGGGAGAUGUUACUGCCAGAGUGCUAUCUCGCCUCCACCUGUGAAAACACCCGAUCACGUUGUACCUGAGGGAUUUAUUCUAUCUUCCUACGAGCGGCGAUCUCAAGCCAGUACUAUCAAUCACCAGGUGUCUGAUCGCGAAUCUCACUGUAAACAAGCGGGAACACCUAAACAUCGCUUGAAGCUCAGUUUUCCAUUGCACCGGAGUAAAUCACAUGAGUCUAACCUCGCAAAUCGUAUAAAUGCACACAUUGGCAGCGGCUUGGUUUCUUCUCCAUAUUCGCAAGAGCUGAACGAUAAAUCUUUUAUAAACAACAACCCGAUAUCUUCCGAUAUUCCUGCACGUGUGGCUGGGGAUCAUGGCCAUGAUGUCAGUGCUUGUUCACUUUCAGUAGUCCAUGGCAGACACUUCACCAGCUCUCAACUCAGUCUUGUUCCUCCUUCCAGGGCUAUUAGCCAUGGGACCUCGCACUUGAAAGGGGAUUCUUCUGCCAGGGCGCGGUUAGGUACUACAAACAUACGCAACGUGGAUACUACUCGCCGCGUUUCUUAUGACUAUCGGACACACAGAGGAUCUGUGCAGCCUCCAACGUUAAUGACUACCUCGGCAGAUGGAGAUAGUCUUCUUGGCAUACUCGCACCGCGAUCCACAAGUGGAGCUACUCUUGUGCCCAGCAGUAAUGGUCUUGUGCACAGGUUUGAAACCGAAUCCAAACUUGGGAAUUUCGUUCGCGGAACUCAGUGUGCCGUGUGUUCUAGUCGGAUGAGCUUCCGUCUACAACAUUGUGUGAACUGCAAAGUCAAAGUGCACAAGAGCUGCGUAUCCCAGGCUUGCCAACUUCGUUGCGUGCCCCCUAUUCCACUGAGCGAAACGUUCGAAUCUAAAGCUUCUCCCGGUGUAAACCGCAAAAUGUUGAGCACCAGCCCUCUUGCAGCAAAUCAACCUGGUCUAAGACCGGCUCAUUCCACUCCCGCCUUUCAGGGUUGCGAAUCCAAUAGCACAUCCUCCUGUACCAGUUCAGCUCCCGGUUCCCCUUUUGGUAUCUAUCCAUCCAUGCUCACUAGCCAUUCGAUCUCCCAAAAUGGCCCAGAUUCUUCCGGCGCCUCCAUUCCCCCCGUUUCAGGCUCGUAUGCAACUGUCGGUCAUUGCACCUCAAGCAUGAACACCGGUCGUCUUUCUUCACCUGUUGCUUCACCUUUGGGCACCACGGCGAUCUCCCCACCUCCACAGUCGCUCUCUCCUCACCAUCCAGGUUGUCCUUACAAUCAAUUCGACUUCCAAGUCCCGCAAUCCGCGACCAGGGAUGGUACGCAACUCUGUGAGCCAACAGAGACCAACCACCUGAUAAGCACCCAGUCUUCCGCGGAAAGUGAGCGAACUGUGGUCAACGGUGCCAUGCACAGGUUUGAAUCGGUGGACAGUCAAGAUGAACCGGGUAAUUUGAUGCGCGUCAACAGUAUUUCCGUCACAUUGAAGGAGUGGGACAUUCCAAUGGAGAAUCUCAUCUUCGGCGAUGUUAUCGGCCACGGGACUUUUGGCACAGUUUACCAGGCAAAAUGGCAUGGGGAGGUUGCAGUGAAACGCAUUGAUUUGGAUCCUGAGGAUUUGGACGGUUCCUGUCGGCUGGAAGCAUUUAAACGCGAGGUCGCUUUGUUGCACAAAACUCGCCAUGAAAAUCUCGUCCUCUUCAUGGGUGCCUGCAUGAAGCCCCCCGACUUGGCCAUCGUGACACAACUUAGCCAGGGUGAGACGUUGUACCACCUGCUACACCACCGAGAUACCAGCAUGGCCAUCAAUCGCACCAUCAACAUCGCAAGUCAGAUCGCGAAGGGCAUGGGGUAUUUACACGCCAAGGGUAUCGUGCAUCGCGAUUUGAAGACUCGAAACAUUUUUGUCGAAGCGAACUCGCGUGUCGUGAUUGGCGAUUUUGGUGUUUUCAAUUAUGUACGUUUGUACAAAAGGGCCAAGUGGGGCAACUAUCUGAAUAUUCCACCCUUUUGGUUGUGUUAUGUGGCACCGGAAGUGAUUCAUGCACUGAAUAUGAAUUGCUCCGCAAGCACAACCAAUGAGCUCCCUCUCACUCCCAGUUCCGAUGUGUUCGCGUUUGGAACUGUGUGGUACGAGCUGUUGACAAACGAAUUCCCAUUUAAGGGCUAUCCAACCGAAGCGAUCAUUUAUCUGUCCGGUAGAGGGGUAAAACAGACCUUACGCAUUCCCGGACCAAAGGACUUUAAGGAGAUUUUGGUCCAAUGCUGGGCCUAUUGUCCUUCCCGGCGCCCAGAAUUCACGACGCUCGUGAAAUUGCUCGAUCGGUUACCGAAACUGCAUCGAAGCCCAUCGUAUCCAGUCAAACCAACAUCUUGUCUCACCUCCGGCUCACAUGAUAGCCUACUUGUCUAGUCAGCUGAGCACAUAUGUGUGUGCGCGCCCACUCUGCUGUCCCUAGGAAUCCACGUCCACACCGCUCGCACCGCACGUGUGUGCCACUACGUGCUCUCCUUACUCACUGUAUAUCAUUUUCGAAUUAUGCAUUUUUUCUGAGACAUUUAUUCUCCUCUCUGUUUUCGAUAUUUAAACAGCUGAUUUUUUCACCUAUGUUUAUUCAUUGUGAAUUCCUUUUUUAUUUCCCGCCAUACACGCACAACUCUUUCAGGCAGUUUCAGCUCAGGUGUGCUGUAAUUGUUCCUCUCUAUGUUUCUCCAUUAUACUUCCUUUCAUUGCUGCCUGCAUCUCUUAUGGACAGUGUACACUAAUCUUUUCCGGUUUUGUUACAUUUUUAUAUUUCUUUGUAUUACUUGAUACUCAGUUGCCACAAGUUGCUUUUUGUAUAACAACCUCAAUGCCUUUGCGGACUUCGCCUUUCUCCUGUAUUCUCCGCACUGUGGUUAAAUCAGCGCCAAUGAUGACACUGUGCACACUGUACAUGUCUUUUCUCCAUACUCUAAACCAAUGCUCCUGC